AUGUUAAGCUUAUGUAAAUACUUCAAGCGAUCAGAAUUAGCUGAACUCUCCUGGUCAUCCUUCUCUCCUCUACAGAGCCAGGAAGGAUACUGGAUGCUGACUCCAAUGCUCGGAAAAUUGUUAAAUAUUGACGUCAAAUAUUUUUGUGACACUUUUCUUACUGGAAAAGGCAUCUCUUCUCUAGGUUUAAGAGGAAAAGAUGAGGUUCUGAAACUAAUUGCCACACUCCUCGUUCUGCAAACUAUCCGCACUUAUCAUCUGCUGAGUGGUAUCAAAUUCAAGACUCUAAUGAAAUUGGAUCAGUGUGACUCUGAAAGUGAAUCAUACCCAGCUAUUGAAAAAGCUAUCAAGUGGGCAGUGAAAACUGACAAACAGUACUCAGGCAUCUGCAGCCGACUGGGUUUGGGCAGGGACUGGGACCAUGCCACUCACCAGUUACUAGGCAUAGAGUCUCCAUCCUCCAACCUCUCCUUGAUUUUAUACCGUUAAUAUGCAUUG